ACUCGCUUACAAAAUAAGCGGGUUUUGGUGGCGAGAGCUGCUGUCUGUAUUAUUCAACAAUUAGGGACGCGGGCGCCCUUUCGAUUUGGUUAAUGACAGAUAUAUCGACAAUAUCAGACACCGGAUACCACUGCCGAGGAAUUGUUUGAUAUAUUUUGGAAUCAUUAUUUGAGCAGACUGAAAGCAGAAUAAUUAGAAUAUUAUGGCAGCAGUCCGUUGGCGGCCAUAGAUCUAGAGCAGAGCGUAUUCUGAGGCCCAUGUCUCUUCUCUGGAAGCCCUAGAACCAGUGUCAUCCUCCUCCUCUUCUGUUGGUAGUGGCUUCCCCUGUAGGACCAUGUCGGCAGCACAGACUCAGAAGGACGGUGAAGGCCCCUGGGGACUGGAUUCCCUGGGCCUGAGCCAGAGAGAGUUGGUAAUGGCUGAAGCUCUACAGAUGGAGUAUGAUGCCCUGUCAAGACUUAAACAGGACAAGGGUGGGGACAGCCAGGGGACCAGCUGCCAGGGGGUUGGGAAGUUACCUACGCUACCCCCUAGGGAGGGCCAGAGCCAGAUCGAUCGCCCCCUCCCACCCUGCCCCAGCCCUCUUCCUCCAGGAGGGAGUUUGCUAAGAGGGCUGUCUGGUUCGGACCCAUUCCUCAACCACCUUCAGCCUGGGGGGUCCCACUCCUCACGUCCCUCCCCAGCCAGAGCCACUCCUCCUCUGGGAAACUACAGCAAAGAGCCCCUCUAUAUCCUGGAGAGUUCAGGGAAGGGGGACUACCUGAACUCCAGCUAUGGGCACUCAGGGUCUAGCUAUGGUUCUCCUCUGACUCUGCUUAAAGGCUUCCCCCCUCCUCCGGAUGACCCUCCUCCUGCUGUACCCCCAAGGACCCCUCUACCCCCCCCCACUGAGCCCUUCCCACCCUCCCGACGCACUGUGGCGCCCCGGGAUGUCAACCUGUUCACCCCUGAGGUAGACCAGCCCAAACUGUCGUCAGGGGAGAUGCACAACUACGAGAGCCUCAACGAUGCCCUCUCCAAGCUCAAUGGGGAUUGGCUGGCGCCAAGGGGUAGGCGGGCCAACGGGGACCAAUCAGGGAAGCCGGUGGCUCGGAGUAAGACCCUCCCCCCUCAGGUGCCUCCCCGCACUUACGUACCUAUCCAGAAGAGCAACAAGAACCAGCGCAGAGUGUCGGCCGACCCGGUGUCUCUGGCCCCCAGGCUUAAUGGUUUCGGCUAUGAGCUCUUCCAGGUGUCAGAGGAAAGAGAUGAGGAGGUGGCCGCCUUCUGUCACAUGCUCGACGUGUUGCGGUCGGCGUAUCCAAGCAGCGACCCCUCUAACAACUCUGGGUUUGUGUGGUCGCCUUCAGUGGGGCCUGAAGAGUUGCAACAGGGGUUAGGGGUCAGCGUCAAAGUUACGGUCAUCAGCGACCACAUCAGAGAACCACUCACCUUCACCUGUGAUGGGUCAUCUACAGUGGACUUGUUGAUCUACCAGACGUUGUGUUAUGCUAAUGAGGACCUGGACCACAUCGACGUCGACCACUACCUGCUCAAGGUCUGCGGUCAAGCUGAGUUCCUAGAGAAUUCCCAGACGUUGGCAGAGUUGGAGUAUAUCCAGCUGUGUCUGAAGUUUGACUGGGACAUCCGUCUUUUCCUUACCAAGAGAGGCUCUAUCAACACAGAACUGGGCCGCACGGAGGAUGAUGAUGACACGCCCUCUACGAUGAACCACGGCAUUCUGCUGCAGGAACGACCAAUCAGACAGACCGUUACUAGAGAGGCUUUGACUCUGCUCCUGGAUACCUUUCACAACGAGGCUGAGUCCUUUCUACUAUCAGAGGUGGAGCUUGUGUUGCAUGUGGAACGGUUGGUCCAAUCAGUGAAGGCUCUCUGCAGCUCGCUGGCUGCUGUGGAAACGCCUGACAUUACUUCCGCCCUCAACCAGCUCCCAGCAUGCCCCUGUCGUCUGCAGCCUAGAGUCCAGAAGGAUCCGUCACUGCUGGCCAUCAAAGAGAACAGAGAGAAAGUGGUGGAGAAGCUGACGGCAGCCAUUUUGGAUCUGGUGGAGCUGUACUGUAGCACGUUCAAUGCUAACUUCCACACCACGGUGCAGAGCAACCGGCACACGUCACCCACACAGGAAGCAGGCCUGGUCACCAACGUCCUGUCUUUCAGCGUCUACGCUGCACAUCGCAUCCCCAUCACAUGGGCUGCCAGCUACGAGGGCUUCUUCCUGUCAUGCUCUCUGACCCAUGGAGGGGCGGAACUUUGUGCCCCGCAGCACACCAGCAAACAGCAGGUCAGCAAGUACCUGUUUCACCUGGUGGUCUGGGACCAGAGGGUGUGUUUCCCAGUGCAGAUUAACCAGUUGCCAAGGGAGACCCAGCUGACGGUGACUCUGUAUGCCAGCGCUCUACCACCCCCUGGAGGUACGGAGGAGAAGGGCAGCAAGCAGCGGAGGAGCAUCGACUCUCUGGGCUGGGUCACCAUGCCCCUCUUCAACUUCAGACACAUCCUGACGUGUGGGAGGAAGCUACUGGGUCUGUGGCCUUCCACCCCAGGAAGUAACACUCGCUCCAGCUCCCCCAACUUCAGCCAGCCUGACAGCGUCAUCCUGCAGGUGGACUUUCCCACGUCGUCGUUUGAGGUGCGCUUUAGCACCCCCCCUCCCGCAGAGUUCAGUCCCCAGUAUGACUUCUCCAGACUCGACCAGCACAGCCAGAGACAACUGCAGGAUGUACUGCACAAGAAAUCACUCUUCUGGUUGACUCCAGAGGACAAGCGUCUGUUGUGGGAGAAACGUUCGUUCUGCCAGUCAGAGAGUGGUGCCCUGCCCCUGGUGCUGGCUAGUGCCCCCCGCUGGGAGUGGGCAUGCCUGUCAGAUAUCUAUGCCCUGCUCCGCCAGUGGGCAUGUCUCAACCACCACGAUGCACUGGGCCUUCUGCAUGCCACCUUCCCUGAUCAGGAGCUGAGGCGUACUGCAGUACAGUGGAUGGACACCAUCUCUGACCCUGAGCUGCUGGACUUCCUGCCGCAGCUGGUGCAGGCUCUGAAAUAUGAGUGUUACCUUGAUAGCCCGUUGGUACGUUUCCUGCUACGGAGAGCCAUAGGGGACAUGCGCAUCGCACACUACCUCUUCUGGUUGUUGAAGGACACUCUGCAGGACAGUCAGUUCAGUGGGAGGUACCAGCACCUGUUAGCAGGCCUACUGUGCUGUGUGGGUCGGGGUCUCAGGGAGGAGUUUGACAGGCAGUGCUGGCUGGUCACCAUCCUGGCUAAAGUAGCCCAACGUGUCCGGGACACCUCUCCCUCCAGCAGGCAGGCCAUCCUUCGGGAGGGACUGGAGGAGGUCAGGCAGUUCUUCUCAGUCAGCAGCAGCUGCCGUCUCCCCCUCAACCCUGGCAUGCUGGUCAAAGCCGUCAACAUACAGUCGUGUUCCUACUUCAACUCCAAUGCCGUGCCCCUCAAACUGUCCUUCCAGAACCUGGACCCACGAGGAGACAACAUCAACGUCAUCUUCAAGUCAGGUGAUGACCUGCGCCAGGACAUGCUGACCUUGCAGAUCAUCCGCAUCAUGAACAAGAUCUGGAUCCAGGAGGGACUGGACAUGAGGAUGGUCAUCUUCAGAUGCUUCUCUACUGGACGAGGCAGAGGUAUGGUGGAGAUGAUUCCCCAGGCUGAGACUCUGAGGAAGAUCCAGGGGGAACAUGGAGUGACUGGUUCCUUUAAGGACCGCCCCCUGGCUGACUGGCUGCAGAAACACAACCCUACAGAGGACGAGUACGAGAAGGCUGUGGAGAACUUCAUUUACUCGUGCGCAGGCUGCUGCGUGGCCACCUACAUCCUGGGUAUCUGUGACCGCCACAACGACAACAUCAUGCUGAAGACCAGCGGUCACAUGUUCCACAUCGACUUCGGCAAGUUCCUGGGACAUGCACAAAUGUUUGGCAACAUCAAACGGGACCGUGCUCCGUUUGUGUUCACCUCUGACAUGGCCUACGUCAUCAACGGAGGAGACAAACCUUCCAGUCGCUUCCAUGACUUUGUGGACCUGUGCUGUGAGGCCUACAACCUCAUCCGCAAACACGCACACCUCUUCCUCAACCUACUGGGACUGAUGUUGUCGUGUGGCAUCCCUGAGCUGUCCGACCUGGAUGAUCUGAAGUACGUCUACGACGCGCUGAGACCUCACGAGUCUGAGGCUGACGCCACCAUGUACUUCACCAGGUUGAUAGAGUCCAGUCUGGGCAGUGUUGCCACUAAGUUGAACUUCUUCAUCCAUAACUUGGCUCAGAUGAAGUUUGCCUCAUCCGAGGAGCGUCCUGUGCUCUCCUUCGCCCCACGGGUUUACACCCUCAAGACUGACGGACUCAUCCGCAACCUCUUUGUCUGCCGACACAUACGAACCUACAGCCCCAGCAAAGGAUACGCGUUUGUGGUGAAGGUGGAGCGGGAAGGCCAGCAGGGGUCAGUGUUGGUCCAGAGGAGCUUUGAGGAGUUCUAUGAACUACACAGUAAACUACGCCUCAUCUUCCCCUCAUCCAAACUACCCAGUUUCCCCAGCCGCUUUUUGAUUGGGCGGUCUCGAGGAGAGGCGAUGGCUGACAGGAGGAAAGACGAGCUGAACGGAUACGUCUGGCAUCUGGUGCAUGCUGCGCCAGAGGUCGCCCAGUGUGACCUCAUCUACACUUUCUUCCAUCCUCUGCAAAGAGACGAGAAACCUGGAACAGUGGUGAACACACUGCAGAGCAAACCUGCAGAGAUCUGUUGGGGUCCAGUCUCAGGCAAAGUGGUAGGAGAGGUCAAGCUCUCCAUCUCCUAUAAGAGUGACAAGCUCUUCAUCAUGGUCAUGCACAUACGAGGCCUGCAACCCUUGCAGGAUGGGACAGACCCUGACCCCUACGUCAAGCUGUACCUCCUCCCAGACCCCCAGAAAACCGGCAAGAGGAAGACCAAGGCUGCGAGACGCACCUGCAACCCCACCUACAAUGAGAUGCUGGUGUAUGACCGUAUCCCUCGCGGGGACCUGCAGCAGAGGGUGAUCCACCUGCGGGUGCUGGGGGAGGGUGCGUUCUGGGAAAACACCCUGCUGGGCGAGGCCUUCAUCCCCCUGAAGACCCUGACAGCCGGGCAGUGUUGGGCAGACUGGCACCAGCUGGGCACGCCCAGCACCGACUCCACACGCUGAGAAUGAGAGUCGGAGGUGGAGGGUGAGAGGGAGAGAGGAACGACUGAUCAGGUUGUGCGUGCACACAGGUGUACGUGAGUGCGUUCAGUUGUUAUGGUCAGAGUUGUCCAGCUUCUCGGGCUGUUUUAUUCCCCCAGUGGGGGUGUGUGUGGACCCGUAUCCUGCCCAGGUUGGAUGUGUGUGUCCUAUGUAGGUUUGAGGUGUGUUUGUGUGUCUGUAGACUCAUUGACUCAUUUGCUCCCGAGUGGCGCAGCUGUCUAAGGCACUGCAUCUCAGUGCAAGAGGCAUCACUAUGGUCCCUGGUUUGAAUCCAGGCUUGUAUCACAUCCGGCCAUGAUUGAGAGACCCAUAGCGGUGCGCAGUUGGCCCAGCAUUGGCCGGGUUUGGCCGGGGUAGGCCAUCAUUGUAAAUAAGAAUUUGUCCUUAACUGACUUGCCUAGUUAAAUGAAGGUUAAAUUUAAAAAAUAUAUAUCAUUGACGGUCAAUCGUCACUGGACACUGUAUCCAUGGGACUGUACUGGACUGUAUGGACCUACUUUAAGACUCUCGGAUCACCAUAAGAACGGACAACUGGGGCAUGUGAAGAUAACCAGUCUGUUCUUCUCAGUGACUCUGACUUCCAGAAGACUUUUCUCUGGUAACGACAUGGCCUCCCAAGACCAGGCAGCACGGGGGACCAGUGGGAGGAAGCAGAGGGCAUUGUUACUCUGUGAAAACACGGACCGCUUCUUUCCCCUUUAUCCAAGGCCAACGGAGAGACGUCCAUCUUACCGCCUGGCGGAAAAGACUUUGAAAUGGGUCUGGUCCCCUCCAAAGUCCUGUCUUUUAAAAGACUUUGAAACGGGUCUGGUCCCCUCCAAAGUCCUGUCUUUUAAAAGACUUUGAAACGGGUCUGGUCCCCUCCAAAUUCCUGUCUUUUAAAAGACUUUGAAAUGGGUCUGGUCCCCUCCAAAGUCCUGUCUUUUAAAAGACAACCGUAAGUUAUUUAUUUUUCAAGCGUUACCCUUCUGUUAGUGCCGCUCCAUUUCGAGCUCUGUUUGGUUGUGUGUGUGUGUGUGUGUGUGUGUGUGUGUGUGUGUGUGUGUGUGUGUGUGUGUGUGUGUGUGUGUGUGUGUGUGUGUGUGUGUGUGUGUGUGUGUGUGUGUGUGUGUGUGUGUGUGUGUGUGUGCAUGCGUGUAAAUGAUUUUGAUUUCUGUGUGUACCCCAGAUUUAUGCAGAUCGUGAUGUGUGAAUUAUGUUGGAUCCAGUCUUUCUGAUUUGAGAGAGAGAGAGAGAGAGGGCGUAGAUGCUUUUGUGUCAUUGUGGGGUAGAGAUGUACAGUACCAACCGGACCUGCCUAUGGUUUGGGUCCUCCCUAACACAUUUUAAAGACUCACGUGACUUUCGUCCACUCAGCCUGAUUCAGUAGCUCCUCUGCAUUAGAACUUGUUGGAGUGUGCGCUGGUUUGGGUGUGUGUGUGUGUGUGUGUGUUUGUGUCUCCCAUUGUUGACUAGCUGUUGUAAUCCAAGCCUUACCUACGCUUCAUUUCACCGUUUGAUGAUAAUUGACACAGGUCACUAAUCGAAUUUUAAAUGUAGUACUGUGCGUUGACAUAACAAUGUUGUCUUCAUGGGAAAAUCUUCAAAUCUCAAACGUUUGUUAAAAAAUGUUUCUUAUAUCAACGCCUUCAGAAUAUUAUUUUGUUGUCGUUGCAUGAGUGCUUCUACGUCUAUGUGAGGAAAAUCAGACGAUUAGCUGGCGUCACGGAUAAACUGCCUGAGCAAAGAAAUGCUCUUUCGGACACUAAACUCUCACGCCAUUCCGACUGUAUGUAGUGGAAAUGUUUCACUUGGUUUUAUUUCUCAUGCAUUUUGCAUUUUGAACUUACAUUUGACUUUCGUGGCUUUUUCGAACGACAAAAGUGAUCCUGUUCAUGUGUUAUACAGUACUGUAGCUAUAAGAGGGAGGGGGGGCGGAACAGGUUUUGACUACGUGCACAUUGCUCAACUCAUUUGUGUCUUUCCUCGGGAGAUACUCAGUGAUUUGAUAGUUUGCCAUUUUUGGCAUUGAUAUCUCGCUCUCAUUUUCUUGUGUAAGAGCUGGACACACUGUCCUUGUUUCACUGGCAGACAGACACUGUGACCUUUCGCAAUGCAAAAUGGCCGCUUUCAGUGGGAAAAUCUGCUUGUGGGCAGAGUUGUUGCUAUUGAGAGUGGAAUAUCAAGGUUAACUCAUGAAUUGAGCAAGAAGGGUUGACCUGUAAAAUAUAUAUAUAUAUAUAUAUAUAUAUAUAUAUAUAUAUAUAUAUAUAUAUAAAUAACUAGGACAAGGUUUAUUCCUGGUCAGGAAAAAACGACUCCUGGUGAAAUAUGGUUCAUCGGUGAAGGAAGUUUCUAUAACAGAGCAGCUAUCGGUAAGAUAAGGACGUCUUGGUGUCCGAUGUUUUCAGAUCACAAUACAAUUACAGACGAAUACAGGUUAAGGCUGGCUUUCUAAGGUGUUGAAAUCUAACACGUAUUUCUUUGGAUCAUUAAACAUACCCGCAUCCAUUGCAAGGAAUAUUUAGAUGCUAUUUGUUUUUGGUUUGGUUGCAUAGGCUUUGACAUAACAUACAAUUCACCAGCCCUGUUUUAAAAGCAUUGAUCUUUUUUCAACAUCUCUGAAAAUGUUUCUUCAUUCAGUAAUCAUGAAGAGUAGCCACAUCACUGUUUUAGAAACAAGGGUAGACAGAUUGAACAGGUGUGUGUUAGAAAUGACAAGAGGAGCUCUUCGACUAAAGGUUAGCCUAUAGUAAUCACACAGGACCAGCAUGCUUAACCCGAACCAACCAGUUUAACCACUGCUCUCAUUCAAAAAACACAACACUUUAUUUGACUGGCCUUUGAAUGUGUCUGGUGGAUAUUUACAUAUUUUGUUUGGUUUCUAGAACAGGAAGAAUAUUCCCUGGGGGUGUUUCACUACAGUCUGAAUGGCUAUAAUGUGGCUAUAGGCUCUUAGUGUGACAUUUUUAAAUGAUUGAAAGAUGACUUUCUCCAUUUUGAGUGUUGGUAUUUGUUGUGUGCUAAAAGACUGAUGACCGAUAUUAAAGUGAUUUUAAUUGGUUUUUUUUUCCUUGUGACAGUUGUACCACUUUGGGGGAAAGGAGGGACACCAUAUGGCUUCCUCCUCCAUGUCUCUUUUACUUUCUGGUCUUGACACUCUAGCUAAGAGUAGAGUCAAAUAUGGAUCUCUAUGCAGUAUAGGGCUCUGGUUAAAGGUUUUAUGAUAGAAAUGUUGCUCUUGCCUAACAGACCAGUGAUUACACAUGGAAGGAGACCAGGACAGGGGUUAACUGGAAGGCAUUGGGACUCCCAAACCAAGCACCAACCUGCUAAAUACCAAGUGUAAAUCUGAAAAUAAUGUCUAGGUCUGAGCAAUAUAGUGAAAAUUCUACCAGAAGGUACCUCUCUAGUUCUUUCAGAUCUAUGUGAAGUGCCUAGGGGUAGGGGCUAGGGGUCAAUUUGGGAUGGGCAAGAGUUUGACCUGAAUCCUUCCAGGUCAGCUCCAAGGGACUGAACUCUGACCUCUAUGGAAUGCUGGGAAAACGGGACCGAAUGUAAGUUCAAAAUGAACUGGAUCUUGUGUACUGUAAAUACUGAGAAUAUCAUUAAUGUGAUUUCUUUCUUUUAUUCAGGAUAUAGUUUUACCCCACUUCUUAUGCUUUAGACUUUAAAAUUGUAUUGCAUUUUCUUAUUUUUUGACCAUGUUUUGUAAUAUUGUUUGCACUAAAUAAUAACAAAAUAAACUUGAAUCUAAAAGA